AAUAACCUCUAGUUAAUUUAUCCAAUCCAAUUAUAGCCGAACGUUGAGGACGUCGUCGUUUUUCGUUUGUUCAACCAUCAUAUCCCCAAAUUUGAAAAUAUAUGCGCGCCCGUGCGACCUGAAAAUUUUCCAAUCGCCGGCUCUCUCAGAGACACAGGUAGAGUUGUGAUGAAAUGGAACCUGUAACAGCCGGUGCGCUUCCAGUGAAGAUGACGGCCGUUGAGAAGCUAUUCGCACAGAUCUUUGAGCGGAAGACUUCGAUCCUCCAGCAAGUGAAGCGGCAGACUGAUUUGUACAGCCAACACCUCGCUUCCAAACUCCUCAUUCAAGGAAUUACUCCUCCUUCUUGGCUGUGGAACCCCUAUCAAUAUUCGAAUCUCAAGGAGCUGAACAAAGAUCAGCUGAUCUCUGAUAUUGUACUUCCCCGUGCCUGGCCUUCUACAUGUGAGGAUGCUCGUUACUCCAUAUGUAAGGGGAGAGUGGUCACCGGAAAUAAUGCGGAGCUAUCAGAUGGGGCAUUUGUGGAAACUCGUGCUUCCAGUGCAGAUCUUCAAGAUGGAGUGGGGGCUGCGGGGCCAAGUAGUCCAGCUGUUGUCUAUAAUAGCAACAAUGAAUGUGCUCUCAGUUCACUUCCUCAGCUGGAUGCAGGUGUUACCAUGCCUCAAGAUGAGAUAGAUACAAGACUGGAAAGCACUUCAGCUGCUCCAGAUCAGUCUCUAGUUAAAAUUCAAAGGUCUAAGUCUAGACAAAAGGCUCUAGAACUACGUAAUAGCGCAAAUGGAAAAACUAGGAGCCACUCAAGCAUUAAGAAUAAAUCUGAUGUCACCUCUACUGGUAUUGAUUUUUCUGCUUCUUUGUCAGAACAAAUCCCCGAGCCCCACAAAUUUCCUGAGCAAUCUAUGCCUGUUAGUGGUCACUAUGGGCUCCCAGCAGAAAGGAGUAGUCCAGAGAGUGAAAAUUUGGUUGAUAACUGUGCUGAUAGACUUACGAGGUCUGAACAAGUUACUGAGCCCCACAAAUUUCCUGAGCCUUCUAUGUCUGAUAUUGGACUGCUCGAUCAAUUGGUGAAAGUGGUAAGCUCAUCUGAUAUUACUGCUGAAAUCCAUGAUGGGUGCAAUGCAACAGUUAAAUGCUAUAGUUGUCCGCAGGAAAAGGUAACAGGCACCUAUUGUGGGAGGACUACAAAGUCUAUGAGUUCUAUCCAGCAGCGCUCUUCCAUCAGGGAAACUCUACAGGUGGAUGCAUGCUCUUACUUAGCCAAGGUGACUGAGAACACAGCUUCUCAAUCUUCCAGGGAAACAUCAGAUAAGCUUGUUGAUACUAAGAAGCAAUUGGAAUCCGUUCAGUCUUCUUUUGAGGUAGACAAUAGAAGCUCAGAGCCACAAUGUUAUUCUGGUUGUGAAGUCAUACCAAGUCUUGAUAAUGUAAAUAGCAUUGCUUCCCUUGUUGCUGGGACCAAGUCUGCUGCUUCACAGAAGUCACCGUGUGUAAACCAGUACGUUCAGGAUGUGCCUCAUGAUAAUGUCAUCUUGAUAAGUCCUGUGAAGUGUGGUGCCUAUAAUCAGCUGGGAAAUGUGGAAGCUGAUGCAUCAAAGUGUAGUGUUCCUCAAUAUAGUCUGAGUAAAACCAGUGAAAGAAAAGGCUUGGAAUGUCUAGCUGCAACUCUUCCUUCUGAUUGCCUAAUGCAAGUGAAGCCAAAGCAACUUGACUUUGAUGACAUGGAAGAGUUUAACUUGAAGGGGCACACUCCUUGUAAUUCUGAAGAUGUAAACUUGGACGUAACAAACAAAGAGAGAAGUUGUACUCCACUAAAUCGUUUCUCAUUGAGGGAUGUACCUUCAAGCAGUCCACAUAUUACAAUUUCAGAAAAGAAUGCCAAUCUGAAGCAUGAUUCUGGUAACAAAGUAACUAGACUUUCAAUCUUACCCGUCGAGCUCACCCUUCAAGACCAUGACAGAUCUAAGAGAUGUGCAUCGGACAUAAAAGUACACACUCCAAAAGGUCUAGGUGAUCCAGAGGCCUUGCCGUGUUUUGGAAAUUCUAAUAUCCCACCUGGAGAUUAUAUGCUGUCAAAGACUUCUAAUAGUUCUGAUGCCAAGCGUCAUCAUAGGAAGCGUAGUCCAAGAGAUAGAUCAGAGUCUUUAAUUGAACCAUACCUAGAAGUGGGAGUUUCUGAAUUUGAAAGGCAUGAUGAAGGUAUGUCCUGUGCAAGUAAGAGUAAAACUUUUGCAGCGUCUUGCAUCUCAAAAUUGACUGAUAUGUCUACUGGAGAUCAUCAGAAGUGGUUCGAUGAUGAAAUUCCAAAUGAAGAUAUAAUGACGAGUUCAUCUGCUCCUGGAGGACAUCUUUAUGUUCAGGGGGAUAGAUGCAAUGAUACAAAUCUCAGACUUCCUGAAUCAAAGAAAACUGAAACUGCCAAGGAUUUUCCUUUGCUCGAAAGGAAAUUCAUAUCUGCUACAGUUUAUUCUUGGCCGCAAGUGAAGAGGAGAAAGCUUGAAGAUCAACUAAGCAGUUGCUUUUCUGCCUCUCACAAUUCCCAGAUGCCAAAAUAUUGUAACAUAAAAAUGUCCCCUGAGAGCAUAGAUGUGGAUAUUAUUGAAAAGCAAGUAAAAGAUGUAUUGAAAGAAGAUUCUUGUGUAGGCAGCCUAACUAGUGAACUAUCCCCAAUGGUGGACCACCAUGCACCAGAAGGAUUGAGUUUGAACUUAGUCGAUUCUAAUAACUGCAUGUUUAAGGCAAGAGAUCCAGAAUGUGCAACACUAAAUACAGAUGGACGCUACAUACCAAAUGAACAAGUACAUGAUGCUACCGUUCUCGAUGAUGGAGUACUCCAGGUGUCAAGUAAAAUGAAAGAAGCAAUCGGUGAUAGUCCUGGUUGCAUAAUUGAGAAAACAGGGGGAGAAAUCCCGACUGGCCCUAAUUUUGAUGCAAGUAAGCGAUCUGAUGAACUUGAUAUCAAAAGUGCCUUGAAUCAUAAGAAUGGUACUGGUUUAAUAGAUAAUAGUGGAAGCAUAAGUUAUACAGGGAAAAUAGUUCUAAAACAUAACUCUAACUUUGUUGAAGACAACAUUUUUCCACAUUCUUUCUUUCAUUCGUCACAUGAUCAAGUAGUGAAUACUCAUAAGGUUGAUACUUUACCCAUGUAUGAGGGUUUCAUCAUUGAUCCCCCGGUAGCAGAUGGAAAACUUGAUAUGUCUGAAGCUGGAAUUAACUUUGAAGCGUUAGCCCUUUCAGAGACUACAAUCGAGCGUGCUAGCAUACUGGAGCAGAUUUGUAGAUCAGCUAGCAUGCAGAGACCUUCAUCUGAUCUAUCAUCUGCUCUCAAAUUGCACAGGUCGCACACCUUGUAUCAAUCACUGCCUGAAGGUCUUCUUGAACAAGGGGACUUACGAAGCACCUCAUUUUUUACUGAAGAUAAUGAUAAACAGUUAAGACACAGUACCAAUUGUGCAGAGGAAGUCAGGGAUGAGGUUAAAGAAAUGUCAUAUUCGGAUUGUGUAGGUUACUCGGGUGCCAUUUUCAAGUGGAAAUCAGGAAGUCCGUAUGCAUCUCCUGUUGGAAAGCUAUGGGAAAGAACCUCAUCGCAUUCUGGCAGUUUAAAGAAACAAUUGAGCUCAAACCCAGAGCUUACUUGUUUCCCCAUCAAGGAGGACUCCGCAAUUGGUGAGGGAAAUGAGAACAUGGAUAAACUGGCUGAUGAAGUCCAACAUGAUAUUGAUUCCUUGGUUGGAAAUAGUGAUGCCGAAAGAAAUCCACAUUUUGAUGUAGCCAGUGCAUGCUUGAAUCCUCUUGCAUCAGUAUCUGCAGUAAAGAAAAAGGUUCAAGCUGGUGGUAGAAUGGACUUCGUCAAAUCUGACGUAGAUUUGAGUGCAACACAUAAUAAUGUCAAAAGAAAGCUUCGAAGCCAUUCUAGAAAUGUAAGUGAGGGAAAGGAAAACCAACCUCUAAUGAUGACUGGAAAGAAAAAAGAGAAGCUGUCACAUUCCAAUGCUUCCAAGAAGCACAAAUUAUCAUCAGCUUCCUGUUUGAGGAAAAAGGAGGAGAAACUUUCAGAGAGAUGGCAUAAACAUGACAACAUUGUGUCAAAUCUUACUUCAUUUAUACCACUUGUCCACAAAAAACAAGCAGCUACUCUGUGUACAGGAAAAAAAGACUUAAAGAUUAAGGCUCUGGAGGCAGCUGAGGCUGCCAAACGUCUUGAAGAGAAAAAAGAGAUUGAACGUAAGAAGAGGAAAGAAGCUGUUAAGCUUGAAAGGGCACGAUUGGAGCAAGAAAAUUUAAGACAGCUAGAAAUAAACAAACAAAAGAAACGAGAUGAAAGAAAGAAAAAAGAAGCUGAAGUUUUAGCAAGGAAAAGGAUGAGGGCUGAAGAGGAGAAAAAUGACAAGGAGAAGAAACGACUUCGAAUUGGAGAAUUGCGGAGACAGCAAAAUGAGGAGGAAAAAUUCCGUGUGAAAAAAGUAGAUGUUGAAAAGAAGUGCUCUGCUAUUGUUGGAAAACCAAUACAUGCUGAAAUAUUGGAAAAUGACAACUCAGGAGCCACAGUUUCUCAUGACAGCCUCGACACUUCAGACGAUCAAAGUCAACAUGAAACGAAGCUACAUGCCAAUUUGGAUAAACAAGAUCAAAACUUCACUUCCAUGGGAGCUCAAUUGAAGUCAUAUGAGAUUUCUCCGUAUAAAUGUUCAGACGAUGAAGAUGAAGAUGAAGAUGAAGAUGAGGAAGAAACCACACAAAAACCUAUUCCCUCAUGGGCCAGCAAAAGUUGCGUUGCUCGGUUUCUUUCCUUUCAGCAAGAAAUUGAUCCUGACUUGAUAUUUCAUCCAAAUAGUUUAUGCAGUAUGGAUGAAGUGCUCCUGCCUCGAGAGCUACAGCUGAAACAUGGCUGAAACAUGCAGCACUUUGAGUUGCAUACUUGAAUAGUUGGAAAAAGUUCAGGGAACUUUUGAGUGUAUCCUCCAACAUCCUAGAGAGGCCUAGACAGUUUCUAAUUUUAACCAAUGAUCAGGUCUUGAGGCUACAGUAAUGACGUGUCUGUAUGAUGUUUUCUUUAAAUUCAGUUAAUGUUUCAAAAAAUUCUGUAUAAAUAAGAGCGAUGUGUUUAUUUAUUUUUGAUUAAAUGAAAUAAUUUAACAAACUUGUAAUCGUAAAAAAUUACAAACAUAUGAAAGGAUAUACAUGUUUCUUGCUCAACAAAGC